AUGAUAACAAAUCAAGAUAAAUCAAUAACAACAUCAACAUCAACAUCAACAACAACAAAUGAUAAUUUAAUAGAGAAGGUGAUGGUCAAUGAAAAUGUAAUCAAUACCAAAAAUGAUAAUAAAUUUCGAUUUAAACCAAGUCGUAAAUUUUUAGGAAAUUGGAAAUAUUUAGAAUUUUAUAAUCAAUUUGUUAAUGAAUUUUUCACUAAAUGUCCUAAAUUUUCUGAUUUAACAUCACUGAUAAUAACAUCAAAUAAAGAAAUUUAUAAUUUACCUAAAUUUAAACGAAAGAAAUAUUAUAAUAAUAAAUCAGGACAAUCUAAAAAGAAUAUUCAAAUUCAAAUUCAAAUUGAACAAGAAUUACAAUUAGAAUAUUUGGAAGAUAUUGAUAAUGGAGGUGGGACUUUAUGGACAUGGCAAGAAAAAGAGAUUUUUUUCAAUUUAUUAAAUAAAUAUAAUAAUAUUAAAUCUAUAUUAAAUAAUCAACAAGAUUGGUUAAAUUAUUUACCUAAAAAAUCUAUGAUACAAAUUAUAACUUAUUAUGAAUUAUUAGAAAAAAAUUAUAAAAAAAUUCAACAACAACAACAAAAGCGAAAACAAAAAAUUCGAUAUCGAAAGAAACAUAAAAUGAAUAAGAAAGGUAAAGUUAAAAGAGAUGAAGAAGAAAAAGAAGAAAAAGAAGAAAUAUCUUUAUUAUUGAAUUAUCAAGAUAUACCAAUAGCUUAUGAAAUAUCAAAUUAUUUUCAAAAUUUUGAACAAUUACAAAGUGAUUUAAUAACUAAAAGAGAAAAUAAUAAAUUAUUAACUUUUGUUAAUAAAAAUAAAAUUUUUAAACAAUAUAAAUCAUUAAUGAGAAAUAUUAAUCAAAUAGAAAAUGAAAAUUUACAACAUGAAAAUUUACAACUGGAAUUAGAAACAGAAACAGAAACAGAAACAGAAACAGAAACAGAAACAAUUAAUAAUAAUAAUAAUAAUAAUAAUAAUAAUAAUAUUCCUAAAAAUAUAAUUUCAAUGAAUAAAAAUUCUAUUAUUGAUAUGAUUAAAUUACAAGAAAUUUUCCAAUGUCAAAUAUCAAUUGAAGGAUUAAUUUUAUUUGAAAAAUUACUGUUAUUAAUAAUUAAAAAAAUUUUAAUUAAUUUAAUAUUAUUUAUAUCAUCAUCAUCAUCAUCAUCAUCAUCAUCAUCAUCAUCAUCAUCUAAUAAAGAAAACCAUCAUCAUAAUGAUAAUGUUAAUGAUAAUGAUAGAAUUCUAAUUGUUAAACAACUGGAUAUUUGGAAAUCUAUUGAACAAUUGAAUUAUAAUCCUCAACAAACAUUAAAUUUUUUUAAAAUUAUUAAACGUGAUACAUUAAUUAAUCGAAAUGAUAAUGAUAAAAAUGAUAAAAAUGAAAAUGAAAAUGAAAAAGAAAAUGAAAUAGAACUAGAAGAAUUGGAAGAAUUAGAAAAAGGGGAUGAUGAAAUUGAAGAUGUUAGUGAUUAUAUAUCACCAUUUGAUAAUCCAAUAAUAUAUUCUGAUAACCAUAACCAUAACCAUAACCAUAAACAUAAAGAACAUCAAAUAACUAAUGAUCUUAAUAUUAUACUAGAUCCAAUUUCAACCCCACUGAAAAUGAAAAAGGAAAUCACCAUUGAUGACAUAAUUCAAAGACAACAAAAUGUUAACUUAUCAUCAUUGAAAGAUAACCAUAACCAUAACCAUAACCAAAAGGAACAAGAAGAAGAAGAAGAAGAAGAAAGAGGAGAAGAACAAAUUAAUUUUAGUAACAAUAACAAUAACAAUGACAAUGAUGAUUCAGAUUCAGAUUCAAAUUCAAAUUCAAAUUCAGAUUCAAAUUAUCUUGAUGAAUAUUUAAAUAUUUUAGAAACAAAAAAUUUAAAUGAAUUUGAUUAUAUUAAUUCUAAAAUGUAUGAACGAGGAUUAGUUGAAAUGUUAAUGAAAGAUAAAAAAAAUUUUAUUAAUAAUAAUAAUAAUAAUAAUAAAAAAUUUAUAGAACAAGAUGAAAUAAUUGCUAAUUAUUGGAUAUAUGAAAAUAGUCAUCAUCAUCAUCAUCAUUAUAAAGAUAAAGAAAAUGAUAAAAAAGAUGAAUUAUCAAUGGAAAUUGAUAUAGAAAAAGAAGAAAAGGAAGAAGAAGAAAAGGAAGAAGAAGAAGAAGAAAUAGAAAUGGAAAUCAAUGAGAUGCAACAACAACAACAAGAUGAAGAAAUUUCAUAUAUUGAUCCAGAAUUAUUCAAUUCUAAUCAUAUGAAUAUGAAUAAUAAUAAUAAUAAUAAUAAUGAUAAUAAUAAUGAUAACAAUGAUAAUACCAAUACUCAUGAUUUUUCCUCAGAUCAUCAAGAUCAAGAUGAAAUGAUAGUAAUACCAUCAACUCAAUCAAUUGAACCCUUUGAAAUUCCAUCUAAUAAUAAUAAUAAUAGUAAUGAUAAUAAUAAUAAUCAAAUUAAGAAUUCUUCAAUGAUUAUAAUAAAAGGAGGAGGAGUAGUAGAAGAAGAAAUUGAACAAAUGACAAUAUCACAAUUAAAGAAAAUUUUACCAAUUCCUAAAAGAUUAAAAAUUAAUGGGAAAACUAAAAAAUAUUCAAGUAAAUCUAUUAAUAAAAAAUUAAAUAAAUUAAAUCAACAAUUUGCUCAUUAUUAA